CUGAUUGGUGUUAGUUCUAUAGUAUAUUGGUUUUUUUCUAGUUGCUGGUCACCAUCGUGUCUGCGUUCCUCAAUAUCCUGUCCUGCUGCUACAGAGUAUCUUUGACUAUUAUCAAGGAAGAUAUGCCUUUGUCGUUCAUGAUCACGUACGUGGGUCUGCUAGCAGGCAUCAUGUUACCUUUGUUCUCACCAUGCAUGCUCGGAGACCAGGUUCAUGAUGAAGUACGAAGACUAAGGGAGUUAUUGGCUUCGAGGCUCUAUGAGAAUCAACUUGAUAAGUCGAGCCGAGGUAUGGCGCGAGCUCUACUAGCGUGGACGGAGACCCGGGACCUCUCAUUUUCCUUACUUCGGAUGCUGGACAUCGACAUAUCACUGCCGUUCAAGUUCGUUGGUCUUCUCGUCACUUAUCUCAUCAUUUUGCUGCAAUUCCAGAAAGUCAUUAACCCAUAAGAAGUUGCUUAUGACAUGAAAUUAUAUGUCACGAGAACCUGGUGAUACAGACCACUGAUUAUCACCAGCAUUUUCAGAUCAGAAGCAGGAGUAUUAAAGUGGGUAACAUAGAGUUUUUGGAAGGCAUAUUUCUCGUAUAAGUCCCAUAUAAAUCGAGCGAACUAAUUGACCCAAAAUUUUGCGUUGUUACUGAGAAUUUUGGGAUCAAUAAAGUGUAAUAAUACUUUGCCCGACCUACAAAUAGAAAUAGAAAUGGUAUGUAUUUGGUUGUAAAGUUGGUUACGUGGUUCCUCUUUGAACGGAACUCACCUGGGAUAUAGGAUGCAAUUCUAAUAUGUGGCUAAACUAUUUUCAAAGAUUCACGUAUUCCGAGUGCCGAGUGUAGGUUGCACUUAAAUAAAUUCUGAAGACAUUCCCGUGGGUUUGACUUUGAAUAUUUUAAAUGUCUUAUGUAAAUAAUUUUAUUAUAACUUUCGUGAGACAUAC